AUGACUGGUUUGAAAUAUGAUCCUGAAUACCUCAAAGCUCUCGGGCCCGUUACCAAGGGACCCAAGCCCGAGCCAUCCAGAUCUGUGUUUGAGAUCAGAAAGAGUACUGAAGAUGUCAUCCGGCGAGUCGUCACGAAUUCUCCGUACCCCGAUGGCGUGAAGGAGACCGUAUUCAAAGUCAAAAGUUAUGAUGGUGCCGAGAUUAAAGUCACCCGCUUCGCCUCAGAGGAGACGUUGGCCUCGGACAAGCCUACGCCAGCUGUGAUGUACUUCCACGGCGGUGGUUAUGUCUCUUGUUACGUGGGGCUGUUUGCGCCUCAAAUCGCCCGUUUCGCGAAUGAUUCAAAGCUUCCAUACUUCGCGGUGUCUUACCGGCUGGCGCCGGAACAUCCUGCUCCCUCUAGUGUCGAAGACGGGUAUGCGGCUCUUCAAUUUGUGUCGAAGUCUGCGGUAGAGCUCAACGUCGAUCCUAAGAAGAUCGCUCUGCACGGCGACAGCGCUGGUGGAGGACUCGCCGCGGGUCUUGCUUUGAUGGCGAGAGAUCGGCAGCUUGAUCCUCCGAUUGCGAAGCAGCUUCUCGUCUACCCGAUGUUAGACGACAGAGAUCAUGUUGAGAAAGACGAUCCAAUCCUUGACCUCAUGGUCUGGAAGCCUGACGGCGCCAAACUUGUAUGGAAUGCGUACGCCUCUGAGGUUCGACAGAAGGAUGAUACGCAAGGUUUAUCUUACGCGAUACCAGCUCGGGCUGAAACGCUGCGAGGCUUGCCUUCCACUUAUAUCGAUGUGGGAAGUCUCGAUUUGUUUAGGGAUGAGAAUCUGGAGUAUGCAAAGAGAUUGGCUAACGAGCAUGUUGAAGUCGAGUUUCAUCUUUGGCCGGGGCUGCCUCAUGGAUUUGAUGGAAUGAGAGAUAUCAGCUGGUUUGCGAGGUGCCGGGAAAGCCGAAUAAGUGCACUGAAAAGGAUGUGA